GAGCGAUUAACGUGAUUUGAUUCUACCUAGUAGUUUUAUCCAAGCUCACAUCACCGAAACAAUCAGCCUGACAGUUUACACUUGCCAAAGGUGACCUUUACCCGCACAAGGUUAAAAACACAACUAUGGCUAUCGGUCCGAAACCAGAAUCAAUCAUCGGAUCCUACGACCACCCGCCCCAAGCAGAAGCCCAGACGGAGGUCAAAUCAGCAGCCAUCAAUGGAGAUACCUCUCCAGUCAGUCGGCUCAAAGACUUUGCCACAGACCCGUGGUUGACCUCCACUGACCAACCCCAACCCGACUCAACUACGAAUGUUCCUUACUCCCUACCGGAUUCAACCCAGGACGCCCGAAUCCUGAUUGUGGGUGCCGGAUAUGGUGGUCUUCUCUUCGCAGUUCGGUUGCUACAGUCAGGCUUUACCUUAGAAGAUAUUCUUCUUGUUGACUCGGCCGGGGGGUUCGGGGGUACCUGGUACUGGAAUCGGUAUCCCGGGCUGAUGUGCGAUAUCGAAAGCUACAUAUAUAUGCCUCUACUUGAAGAGACAAAGAAUAUUCCCAGCCAAAAAUAUGUAUCCGGAGAAGAGCUGCGCACCCAUGCAGAGCGAAUUGCAGAGAAGUGGAAACUAGGUGCGCGAACGCUGUUUCGGACAACAGUAAGCGACUUGACCUGGGAUGACAACAAAAUGCAAUGGAUUGCAACAGCCUCAUUUUCGAGCAAUGAAAAAAAACAAGGAAGUUGUACUUAUACAAUCAACGCCGAUUUUGCUAUUCUUGCAAAUGGAACUCUCAGCAAGCCAAAAGUCCCUGACUUACCGGGUAUUGAUGACUAUACCGGUCGCAUUUUUCAUACUGCACGAUGGGAUUAUGAUUACACCGGAGGAUCUCCGGCUAUACCUGCAAUGGAUCGACUGAGAACCAAAAAGGUUGGAGUGAUCGGAACUGGCUCAACAGCGGUGCAAGUAAUUCCGCAGCUUGCACGCUGGGCUGGGGAGUUGACUGUAUUCCAAAGAACACCAGGCGCAGUUGGUCUACAAGAAAACCGUGAAACGGAUCACGCAUGGUGGAGGGACAAUGUCCAGCUAGCUGGUCCGGAGUGGCAGCGGAAGCGAUGCGAAAACUUUAAUGCCUUCAUCACAAAUCCGUACCGGGCGAGUCUGGAGGAGGAGGACCUUGUUAAAGAUGGAUGGACCAAACAUCCCUCUUUCUCCGUUGCAUUAGGAGGCGCUCGUAACCUUCAAGCUGACUUCUUGGAUUUGGCCAAAAAGAUCGACAAAGAGAGGAGGGAAAUUGGCCAACAGCAUAUCAAUUCCACAGUCCGUAAUCCAGCUACAGCAGAGGCACUGUUCAAUCCGACUUACGGCUGGUGCAAGCGACCAUGCUUUCACCAGGGGUACUUCGAGACCUAUAAUCGGGAGAAUGUGAGGCUUGUCAGCACACCCGGUCAGGGUAUCACAAAGUUUACAAUAAAUGGCAUCAUGUGGGGAGACAAAGAGUUCGAACUUGACCUCAUUGUGCUUGCCACAGGGUAUGACCUAGGAAGCCUGUGUCCAGCGAAUAGGGCUCGGCUAUCAAUUCACGGUCGCGGAGGAUUAUCAAUGAGCCAGAAAUGGGCCUCGGGUCCAGCAACUUUGCAUGGGGUGAUGACACGGGGAUUUCCGAACCUCUUCUUCCCAGGGACCUCGCAGGCAGGUGUCACAGCGAACCAGUCCUAUAUGUUUGAUCGAGCGGCAGAGCAUAUCGCUUAUAUUAUUCAAAAUGCGCGCCCCCGUACUGCUGCUAGUGCAGUCAACCUCAAAGUCCUUGUUGAACCGAGCUUGGAAGCAGAGGAGUUGUGGGCGAUGGAGACAGUUUCACGAGCUAGGGCAUUUGCCGCUACCAAAACCUGCAGCGCUGGUAGUUAUACAAUCUCGGCCCGCCUUGGUGAAAGCGUCGAUGAGAGCCAGAUGGCAAGGCAUAUGCCGUGGGGGGAGGGGAUGGCUAGCUAUGUCAAGAUCCUGGAAGAGUGGAGGAAAAAAGGAGAUAUGGAUGGACUGGAAGUUGUUUACGACUAGAUAGAAGAAUACUUCAUUUGGUCUUAAUUCUAGAUAUCUAUGCACUUUGAAGCAAUCCCAUUGUUGAAGAGAUCGGGAGGAUUAUUGAUGCAUUCUUCCAAUUUUGUUAACAUAUUCA